GUUUAGUGACAAUUUCCAAAGGCUUUAGUACCACCUGUAUUUCAAAAUGGGGGACCCAAACUCCCAGAAGAAACAAGCUCUGAACAGACUACAUGCUCAGCUUAGAAAGAAAAAAGAAUCUCUAGCUGACCAGUUUGACUUCAAGAUGUAUAUUGCCUUUGUGUUCAAGGAGAAGAAGAAAAAGUCAGCACUUUUUGAAGUGUCUGAGGUUAUACCAGUCAUGACAAAUAAUUAUGAAGAAAAUAUUCUGAAAGGUGUGCGAGAUUCCAGCUAUUCCUUGGAAAGUUCUAUAGAGCUUCUGCAGAAGGAUGUGGUACAGCUCCAUACUCCUCGAUACCAGUCUAUGAGAAGGGAUGUAAUUGGCUGUACUCAGGAGAUGGAUUUCAUUCUUUGGCCUCGGAAUGAUAUUGAGAAAAUUGUUUGUCUCCUGUUUUCUAGGUGGAAUGAAUCUGAUGAACCUUUUAGGCCUGUUCAGGCCAAAUUUGAAUUUCAUCAUGGUGACUAUGAGAAACAGUUUCUGCAUGUACUGAGCCGCAAGGACAAGACAGGAAUUGUUGUCAACAAUCCUAACCAGUCAGUGUUUCUCUUCAUUGACAGACAGCAUUUUCAGACUCCAAAAAACAAAGCCACCAUCUUCAAGUUAUGCAGCAUCUGCCUCUACCUGCCACAGGAACAGCUCACCCACUGGGCAGUUGGCACCAAAGAGGAUCACCUCCGUCCUUAUAUGCCAGAGUAAAUAAGAGCAUUGACCAGCAAAAUGGAGAAGACCAGAGAAUGCAGCAGUGAUUUUCUUUUCUUGUUUUCUUACCACCUUUCUUUCAGAGUUUAAAGAAAAUGGACUCAUGCACAGAACACUAUGCAUUUUGAAACUUGUUCAUCCUGGAUUUAUUUUAAUCAUUUGUAUCACAGAACUUAAAAAAAAAUUAUAUGUCUUCUGCACGGACUGUGUGAAAGAAGGUGCUUUGCAGAUUGCCGCACUGCAUCGGCAUCUUACUAAAAUGUGAAGGAAGGACUAUUGUACACUGAAAUGCUUAAUGUAUCUGAAAGCACAGGUGAUGCUCAGUGUUGUGGUCUUCAUGUUUGUGCUGGUUUUUGCCUCUGACAUCUGUCAUCAGUAUUGAGGGUGAGAGUGAAUGUAACAGGUAUAAAUAACACUUAAAAACUUAA